AUGUUUGAGUAUCGUCUGGUAAUCACCGUGAACAGGUUGAUUGAGCAGGAACUUCUGAGAAGUUCCACGGUUGAUAACUACGUGCAAUGUGCGCAGAACAGAGACCACGGCUGGGAACUUCUCAAUGCUGCUACUGUGAAACAGCCCAAAGACUGGGACGCUGAUGUUGCUCUCAAAGGAAUAGAGAAACUUGCUACGGAGCUUGCCACCGAGUACGAUACCAAAGAUGUUGCUGAAGAUCUUUGUGGGCGCAACGUUCCUUUCUUUCAUGCUAAUUUUGUUUCUCAGUUCUGUUUGGAUGCCAUUUUUUCGAUGAACAUGGAUGUCAUCUAUUUUGUAUCUACUUCUCUCAAGGAUUUUCUUAACCAUGGCGCGUUGAGCUCAUGGUCUGUUAAUAUUGGUUUCGAACGUUUUUUCAAGAAUAUUCAUUCUGCCGAG